ACAUUGAACUCAUAGCUAAAGGCUAUCAUUAGCGGUCGGCGGGGGCUUUAACCGUCCGUCCGUCCGUCUGUCCGGCUGCUCAUUUGUUCGCUUCGCUCGCUCACGAGCUGAACAGAAGCCGCUUAUGUGUUGAGUGUGAAAGUCCAUAGAAAUAAAGAUGUCAUCGUCUCGAUCAUUAUUGAUAUUGCUGUUCGUAAUUUUGAGCUGCACCUGUUUCUCAGUUGAGACGCGGUUUGUCGCCACCUUGCCGAACAUUUGCAAGCAGCCGCCGCCGCACUCUGUAGGGCUAUGUACCAUUGAGAUCGAGGGCUUCUAUUACGAUCCCAACACGCAGGACUGCAAGAUGUACUCGAUCGGGGCCUGUCGUAUGACACCCGGCCAAAGUUUUGGCAGCAAACAGAACUGCUUGGCCACAUGUGUGCGAGGCACGCGUCGCAUUCAAGAUCUGCAUGUAAAUGAAUAAACUAAUUGAACGAAGCUCUGAAUAAAUAAUACUCCGGAUCAGCCGAUAUGUACGUCUAAAA